CUGAAAAGCGAUCCGUUCUUUCUGUAAUAUUUCUCAGAAAUUAAAAACAAACGUGCGGGGAAAAAACAACAUUGAGUGCGCGGAAAAAGCAAUUCCUAAAACGCGCGGAGUGAUGAACAAGAACCACGGCGAAUACUUUAAAAUUGUUUCCAUAACAACUACGUGGCUCAGAAGACAAGUCCUUAUUUUGCACCUUUAUUUCACAUAUUUUAUCCAGCAUCCUAAUAAUGGAAAGAAUUUUCAUCUAUCUGGACGAUGCGGAACAUCCGAAAGCAUUUAGAAAAGGUGAUAAUAUUCUCGAUCGGAUUGCUCGUGAGUUUCAAAAAGAGCAUCCGCCGCAAAUCCUGUAUGACAUAACGGAAGAUGAAGAAAAUCGCGAGCCGAUAGCCACCGAAAAUCACACAUUGGUUGCUGGAAGAUCUUACCUGUGGAAGUUGGCCGAGGAAAAAUGGCAGGACAAAGAGUUGGUGCAAAACGCAUUGUUUUGUUCACGUGCUGCUUUCGAAGAUAGACCCUUGAAUUAUCUGAAAGAGAAUAAGAGAUUUCACAGUGUAGCUCUUUUGAUAGCGGCGAAUGUUUACUUUGACAAACAAGCUGCUUCCGUAUUUAUAUCACGUUCAGAAGGAACGGGCAAACAAAAAAAGACGCUAAUUAUUGCGUUCAGAGGAACCAAAACUCUUGAAGACGUUGUGGCAGACUUCAAAAUUGGGUUCAAGACCGAUUUGAAUUUCGUUGGGAAAAUUCAUGGUGGCUUUUUAGAGCGAAUGCAAUCUGUUUCUACUGAGAAAAUUUUCGAGAUCGCCAACAUAAACCAAGUUGAUCAGAUCUUAACUUGCGGGAGCUCUCUUGGAGGCGCAGUGUCUUCACUAAUUCAUAUGAAGAUGCUAUCAGAACUUGAGAGCGCCGGCAAUGAUCCUGUAAUAGAUCCGAAGAACCUUGUGAACGUGACCUUUGCAGCUCCUAUGCUCGGCAAUUACGAGUUUGCAAAACACGUUGAGCUGAAACGGUAUGCAAGAAACAUGUUUCAUUUUGCAUACGUUGGUGACAUUGUUCCGAUUGUCUUGUCAGUUGGGCAUGUUUUUGAGGUUUUAAAGCAAAAUGUGCCCUCUGGGGUCAUAGGCGUCCCGGGUGUCAUUUCUUCACAUCUUCAAAAAGCCAUACCUUUGUUCAAGUUUUGUCUAACGGUCGCAGCAAAUGUAUUGGAAAAUCCAGUGGUGAAGAAUAUACAGGGAGCACUGGAAUCUCUGAAAGCUCCUCCGUCGACUCUGCAUAAUGAAUAUACUGAGUUAAACUACGUUCCAAUUGGAAAACAUUUGCUAAUUCAGAAGUUAGACCAGAGUGUGAGCAUUGAACAUCUGAAGAAUAACCCUAAAAUAGUCGAAAGAGUUCUCCAGUCGGCGAUUGAGUUCGCUGUCAAACAUUCUCUGCAUAUUCGCAAAUUCCACUCACUUAAUAAUUAUCGAGAUCUCAUUAAGUCUUAUUUAGGUGGGUUCAAGUCGUUCCAAAAUACACCGAUUUGCAUUGAAAAGAAGGACUGCAGAAUUUUCUUAGGAGAAAAUGGUCACACCUACCAAUUUGAAAGCGUCUGUUUGUUUUCCUGCGGAGCUUCUUGCAUCAACACUCAGCCUUUGAGCCAAGAGUGUCGAGACGUCGUGUUUUGCAAGACCUGCUACGAGGAUCCGGAAGCCAUCGAGCACUUCUUCCAUGUAACUUGCUCAGAAGAGUUUCAUGUCAAUCAAAAGGCAAAUCACGUGACUCAAAUGUUCGAAUGGGAAAAGUUCAAGGACAAUCCGGACGAAUGGAAACGGAUCUUCUAUGAUCCGGAUGUAGACAGGCAAAGACGGCAGUUUUGGCAGGUUGUGCGAAGUGCUGCCAGUACCGCCGCAGUUCCAGUCAAACAAGUUCUUCAAAGCAUAAAGUAUAGCGAUCGAGCUCUCAUAUUGGCGACAGAGUUGGCUGAAACCGUUGGAACGAGAGGGCUUCUAAACGUGACUUUGUCCUCAGCUAAGGCAAACGCAAUUGGCGCAGCUGUGAUGUUUGGAGCCAAUUUAGCUAUUGACGUCGUGCAACUUUUCCGCGGUAAGAUCACUGCGAAACAGUUUGCGGUAGCCACAUUUGAGAACUUCGCUUCAAGUGUAACUUCCGGAGUUGUGAGUUGGGGAUGUUCUGCUGCAGGUGCCUUUGUAGGGAGCUUCUUGGGACCAAUUGGAACCGUGGUGGGUUUUUUUGCAGGUGGGCUAAUUGGAGGUUUUGCUGGUUACUGGUCUGGUAAAAUGGGCGCCAAGAAAAUUGCAGAGGAAAUGGGAUGGUGCAAAAUACCAGAGGACGAACAGAAAGCCGAUGUGAUUGUGGACGCGCUGUUAAUUUUGGAAGUUCCUCUUCCGAAUGGAAAUGUGGCAGAAAUAAGAGAGGAGGAUGUUAUGAAAUGCUUCAGGAGGAAAGCGUUGCGACAUCACCCAGACAAGUUGCCGGCAGAUGCAUCUGAGAAGGAGAAGUCCGAAUGCCUGAUGGCGUGGGGGUUAAUCGACUUCUCAAGAACUACACUAGUAUCAUAUAGCAGGGACCCCCAGUCUCUUUCAGGAAAAGUGGUGGAGUUAGUCAACAAAAAUUGGAAGCAAAAAAGGGAUCAAGUCGAUAUGCAGCUGAUGGAGAAAAAAAUCAAAGAACUUAGAAAAAUGCACAAGGCUGAGCUAGCGGUUAAAAAAGCGUAAGCAUGUCAAAAUUCACACAAAAGCUGACUAACUAUCUUUUUCCAUUCGAGUUCAAAUUGAAUCAUUUUCUUUGGCAUAUGCCACAUGGUAGAACUGAAGUUGAAUAGAUACUUUGUGUUCCGACCACACAUUGUAGAGCUAAG